AUGUGUGACGUCCUCCUCGUCCUGGCCGCCGCCGUGGACUGCUUUGUGCUUGGUCCUAUUGGAAUUGGGGGCCAGAUUCGCUUCUUCACGGUGCUUCGCGCGCUGCGAGUCAUACGCUUUGUUCGCCUCGUUCGAAUGUUUUCCGCUUUCCGAGAGCUGUGGCUGCUCGUGGGGGGCCUCACUAAUUCCGUGAAGGCUCUGUCGUGGGUGGGUCUUGUGGUGUUCAUGCUUAUCUACGUUUGUGGCAUCAUUUGCACCGCUGAGAUUGGUCAAAAUGAUGAAACCUAUGCGAUUGGGCCAUCUUACAAUGGUGAGGUGUGGCCCUACAAGCAGUACUUUGGGACUGUGUUCAGGUCUAUGUUUACUCUGCUGCAGGUGCUGACGCUGGAUGGCUGGUGCGACGACAUUGUGCGUCACGUCGUUUAUAGGCAGCCAGUCAUGGGUGUAUUCUUCAUCUGCUUCAUACUGCUGACCUCCUUUGGUUUGAUGAAUGUGGUUGUCGGCAUCAUUGUGGAAAACACCCUUGCGGCUGCACAGGUGGUCGACAAGAGGAAGGAAGAAAAGCUUGCAAGACAUCGAAAGGACACGGUCCAGCAGCUGGUUGCAAUCUUGUCCAGGUCAGAUUCCAAGCGAAGCGGGCUGAUCUCGCUUGAGGAUCUGCGGGCGGCGAACCAGAGUGUAAUCGUGCAAAAGAAGUUUGAGUCGAUCGGGCUGGAGUUUGAGGAGGUGGAGCAUGUGUUCACGUUGCUGGACGUGGAUCGAUCUGGGAAGAUCGAGCUUGUGCGCUUUGAGAACGCAUGCCGUGAGUUGGUAGGAGGAGGCAAACGGCGAGACAUCGCCCAAGUGGAGGUGAACAUGGGCACCUUGGCAAAUCGCCUAGACAAGCUCGACAACAAGUUCACAGUUAUUGAGAGGGAGGUGGCAACGAUCGCAGCCAUGACAGAGGACUUUGUUCACAACACGGUUCGGCAUCUGACGGGACAUGACCCGACACUUGCCAAGAGGAGCGACUCGAAAGUCACAUCAACCACGUCCAGUGGUGACUUGUGA